AUGGAGGAGUGCGGCUCGCAGAAGCUGUCCUGGGACGGCGAGGCGAAGGCGGUGCAGCAGUGUCUGACGGACAUCUUCACCAGCGUCUACACCACCUGCGACGUGCCCGAGAGCGCCAUCUUCGGGCCGUGCGUCCUCUCGCACACGUCGCUCUACGACAGCAUCGCCUUCAUCGCGCUCAAGGCCACGGACAAGAGGACGGCGCCGUACAUAUUCAGGGUGGACACGUCGGCGGCCAGCAGCACCUCCGAGGGCCUGAUGUGGCUGCGUCUGGUGCAGUCGUCCCGGGACAGGGAGGAGCAGAACCUGGAGGCGUACGUGAAGAACGGGCAGCUCUUCUACCGCAGCCUGCGCCGCAUCGAGAAGGACGAGGAGCUGCUGGUGUGGUACGGCAAAGAGCUCACCGACCUGCUCCUGCUCAGCGCCAGCAGGGCCCCGGCCAAGAGCAAAGGCUCCAGUCACUACGUCUGCCCCGACUGCAGCCAGCGCUUCCAGUUUGAGUUUCCGUAUCUGGCCCACCUCCGCUUCCGCUGCACCAAGAGACUCCAGAACAUGAGCACGUCCGAGGAGGAGGGCGCCAAAGAGGGGAGUCCGGACCGCCCGGCCGGGAAUUCCACCAGCAACCCCCCGGCCCGCUCCAGCCCCAACCCCAACCCCAACCCCAAAAUGGGCCGGUCCGAGGGCUACGGCGCCAACCAGGACGGCUCCAAACCGUCCACGGACUUCCACAACCUGGCGCGGGACUUAGAGAACAACCGCACGAGCCCGCCCAGCGACAAAGAGGCGGAAAUCUGCAGCGAGAGUUCCGGAAAGAGGAAGUUCUCCGAGAUCGACGAGAGCAGGGAAAGGAUCGGCGCGGGCGUGUCCAAGUCGAAAGAGGAACUGGCGACGUCGGCGCAGAACUACCGGGGCGCCUACAGCCUGGAGGACCGAUCGUUUUCGCCGCCCGCCGAGAUCGUGGAAGCCAAACGCAGCGCUUUUACGGAAGUGAAAAAGUCCCCGCAGAGCCUCAAGCACCACAGCAAGAACUCGGAAAACAAAGACGGCGGACGCCCCAACGCGAGCCCGACAGAGAAGCAUUUGAACAUCCGGCAGGUUCUUUCGGAAACGCAGCCGCCCCAGACGCCGCCCAUGGGCAGCGCCUUCACGUCCGUGGGCCAGCAGGGCGGCGCCGGCGGGAACGAGCGUAAGAGCGCGUUCAGCCAGCCGUCGCGUUCCUCCUUCUCCCAAAUGUCGUCUCUGGUGAUGCCGCCCAAACUGCUGGACUGUCACCCGGCGGUCGGCGACGCCAUCUCCUCCAACAGACUCUACCAGGCCGAUCAUUUAGCCGCGAAGCUCCAGGGGGCCGAGCUGGGCGCCAACUGCCCGGUGCCAGGAGGGGGCGGCAUGGCCAAGCAGAACCCGUUCGUCUACGCCACCGCCUUUUGGCCCAAGAACUCGGGGCCGAUCCAGCUGCAGAUGCCGUCGGCGCUCACCCUGCUCCCGCCCUCCUUCACGUCGCUGUGUUUGCCGGCGCAGAACUGGUGCGCCAAGUGCAACGCCUCGUUCCGCAUGACGUCGGACCUGGUGUACCACAUGCGCUCGCACCACAAGAAGGAGUACGCCAUGGAGCCGCUGGUGAAGAGGAGGCGGGAGGAGAAGCUCAAGUGCCCCAUCUGCAACGAGUCGUUCCGGGAGAGGCAUCACCUGUCGCGCCACAUGACCUCGCACAACUGAGGAGGGACUGUUAUCUGAGGAGGCUUCUGUCUGAGGAGGCUUCUGUCUGAGGAGGACUGCUGUGUGAGGAGAUUUCUAAAUGUGGAAGCUUCCAUCUGAGGAGGCUUCUACUGUAUCUGGGGAAGCUUCCAUCUGAGGAGUUUUUAUCUGAGGAAGCUUUUAUCUGAGGAGGCUUCUGAGGAAACGUCUAACUGUAGAAGCUUCUAUCUGAGGAAGCGUCCAUCUGAGCAGGUUUCUAUCUGAGGAGGCUUCCAUCUGAGGAAGUUUUUUAUCUGAGGAGACUUCUAUCUGAGGAAGUUUCCACCUGAGGAGGCUUCCGUUUGAACAGGUUUCUAUCUGAUGAAGCUUUU